GAACAUGAACUGAACUGUCAAAUGUCAGGUGAUAAUAACAAGACUAUAUUAUUUUAGCACACUUUAUUAAUAAGUUACUCAGAUUUUGCUGAAAAAUGGUCGAUAAAUAUGAAACGGUGAAGCUAUGUUACACAAUACACAAAUACUCGAGCCAUUCGGCCAAUUAUAUUCCAGAAAAUAUAAUGGUGAACAACCCAUCGGAUCAACUCUCGAGAUGGUUUACGGACAGCAACACGCCCUCACAGUAUAUAAUGUUGAAAAUAAAAGCGCCUGCUAUAGUGGAAACUAUCAAAUUCGGGAAAUAUAUUAAAGCUCACGUCAGUGACCUGAAGAAAUUCCAAAUAUUAGGAGGCACAGAUGAAUACAACUUGUCUGUGUUGUUAUCAGCAGGGCUCAAGAAAGACAGUGCACCGGAGGUGUUCAGGCUCCGACACAGAACCACAGAAGGCCUGUACUUGCCAGUGCAGUACUUGAAGAUAGUGCCGCUGCAGUCUUGGGGCCCGGCGUACAACUACACCAUCUGGUAUGUGGAGCUGCAGGGGAAGACCCAUGAAGAUCUGAUGGCUAGUGUGCUAGAUACUAUUAAUUUGCGCAAAGAGGAAGAAGCAGUCCGAAUGCUCCUAAAACAUUUACGCCGACGCCGCUACAAGGACGCCUUUGAAGCACUGUCGCGCGAGAGCGGCGUGCGGCUCGAGGGCGAGCUGCAGGCGCGGCUGUGGCACGCGUUAGUUGAGAACGGGGACUACAAGCUCGCGGAGGACAUCCUGGACGAGGCGGUCACUGAAGGCGAAUUCGACUGGUACAUGUCGUGGCAGCCUUACACGCCGGUGUGGCGCGAGAUGUCAGGAUGCUCCGUGCAGGUGGAGGACCGCUUAUGCUGCGACACGCCGCCCCCACAGCGCUCCAACGAACUGUCGUGUGCCGACCGCGAGCCACGACCGCUUGAUGCGGAGGUGCCCGUCAACGGCGAAUCAUCAGAAUGCGAUACCACCUGCUGCACCAAACCCGGACCUCGCGGCGGCCACCAACUCGUAGUGGACUCUACUACGGGCACACUGUACCUCUUCGGCGGCUGGAACGGGACGGAAGACCUCGACGACUUGUGGUCUUACGACACGGAGACGGAGCGCUGGGCGCUUCUCUGCCGGCACAGCGGGCUCGAGAACGGACCCUCGCCGCGCUCGUGCCACAAAAUGGUGUUCGACCCCGUGCACAGGAGGUUAUACACACUGGGGAGGUACCUGGACAACGCUCAGCGAGUACCCAGCAAUAUGAACAGCGACUUAUACAUGUACGACGUGCCCACCAGCCAGUGGUCGCUAGUAAUGGCCGACACAGCAGCAGCGGGCGGGCCUCGCCUCGUGUUCGACCACCAGAUGUGCAUCGAUAGCGACACGCGCACCGUGUACGUGUUCGGAGGCCGGGUGCUGCCACACAACACAGAGGAAGCCGCAACACCGCAAUACUCCGGCCUGUACGCGUACUACCUGAACACGAAUAGCUGGCAGCUCCUACUUGCGGACAGGCACUCGCUGCCCGCGCCGCAGCCGCGCGUGUCGCACUCCAUGCUGUUCCACCCGGUACAACGGAAACUGUAUAUCUUCGCGGGCCAGCGCAACAAGGAGCACCUGCUGGACCUGUGGUGGUGGGACGUGGGCACGAGCACGUGCGGGGCGCUGUGCAGCGGCGCCGCCGCCUGCCCGCCGCCCGCCGCCGGCUUCACGCAGCGCGCCACGCUCGACCCCGACACCGACGAGCUGUUCGUGCUGUCGGGCAUGAGCAAAGAGAAAGACAAGCGCGUGUACAACACUCUAUGGGUAUUCUCACUACGGCGCCUGACCUGGACGUGCGUGUACCGGAACGACAGCAUAGCGCCGCACGAGCCGCGACCGCGCUUCGCGCACCAGCUGGUCUACGACCCCGUGCGGAAGAUACACUACCUAUUCGGUGGCAACCCCGGCAACCAGAACAGUCUGCGCCUCCGCCUCGACGACCUCUGGGCGCUCCAGUUAAAACGGGCGUCCAUUGAGAAAGUCUCCAGAGAAGCCAAACUCGCACUGAGAGAAGCCUGCUUUAGAGAGCUGGCGGCCACGCCCGGGAGGGACACCAUGGCGUUAAAGUAUCUGAGGAAGGAGCUACAUGAUGUACUGGAUCAUAAUAAUCCUGAGGAGGUGGAGCGUUUCCACUCGCUAGCGACAGUGCUGUUCGCCGGCAGCGCCGGGGCGCGCGGCGCCGUGGCGCUGACGCCGCGCCGCGUGCGCACGCUGGCGCGCCGCCGCGCCCGCCACGCCGCGCCGCCCGACCUCGCGCACGCGCUGCACGCGGUGCUAGGCGCCGACGACACGAUCCCCGAGCCGCCGACCCCGUACGAGGACGUGUCGCCGGAGGCGCCCGACACGUGGGACGUGGGCGAGGACGACGCCGACAGCGGCGCCGCCGACGCCGACUGGGCGGCGCGCCACGCGAGGGCGCUGCUCUACGACCGCCUGUGCAGAUACUUCCGGCCCAGCAAGGUGCCGCCGCUCCAGGACAUCGCGGACUUGGUCGCGCUGUGAGACGCUCUGUGGCAGGACGCAGACUGUGCAUGGAGAUUGGAGAAUAAGAAUAGAAUUGUCACUUGUGCUGUGUGACGUGCUGGUGAAAAGUUUCCCAAAUCGCGACACAUGUCAUAAUUUAAAAACUUGUCAUAUUUUAGUGUUAGGAACUAAAUUUACCAUUUUAAAAGUGGACAGUUAUUAUUUCUUGUGAUAUUUUUUGAAAAUUUCUGAGAAUUUUUUAACUAGGAAACUUUUCGUAUCUUGCACAUGUGUUUAUCUGUGAAUACGCACCAUAUUGCGCAACCUACAUGUUUUAUACCAGGUCAGUGGCAAGCGCAGGACCGCUACGGCGCGCCUGAGUGUCAGUCGCUCUCAAAUAGACGCUGACAUAUAAGGAGCGCCAGUAAUAAUGCCUAUACUCACAAUGUACACUCAAGGUCACAUAUUAUUAAAUGUUGUACCUUAUUUCAUUAUAUUAAGGUUGAGAAUUGUUUACAUAUUUAUAAAAAAUAAAAUUGUGACUAACAACUAGGUUUAGGUGCAUUUUACGAGUCUACCGCAUAUUCGGCAAAAAAAGUGAAAAUGAGUUUUAUAAAAAAAAAUAUAAAAAAUCAAAUGAAAUGGCGAAAUGGUUUCAGACCUAAACUUCUAAAUUUGAAAAUUCAAAUACCUAAAUCAAAUUAGGUGGGGCUUUUUAAUAAUAUUAAGUUAGGGAAAAUCUAAACUAAUCCUCCUUUUAUGUUUCGUCGCGUUGUGAACCUCUACUAAUACGUAAGUUUCAAUGUGUUUUUCAUGUGUACAAACUUGCGUCUAUAGAUGCCCCCGCUGCGGCCUCUCCAAUAGGGGGCUAUAUUGCCACAAAUUGUGAAUAAGCCGCGUUUUAAAUCGGUGACCUUUACCCUCACCACGAGUCACCGAGUGUCAACACUGACAUAUACGCUAACGUCUACGUAAAUUACUUUCUAUGCAUCUCGCUCGUACUGACAUGACACUGUCAGUGACUCGUGGUAAGGGUGCUGGUGCUGGAACGGUGAAUAACAGGUUAUAUCGUCAGGUGACAUGCAAAACUCACUAAUUACUAAAAAAUAAUUAAACAAAAAUAACCUUAUUUUAGUAGUAAUAUGGGCUAUGAACUUGUGGUGGUAAUUAGUGACUUUUUUUGUCACCUGACGAUAUUAUAAGAAUUUUUAACCAUAUUUGUCUAAAACACGGUACUUUUAUUAAACCUACUAGCAUAAGACGCUGAAAUCUGAAACUCUAUCGCUCACGUAUCAAUAAUUACUUUUUCAACCGACUCCAAUUUUACGAGUAUAGAGGUGGUUAUGUAUUCGAUUGUGGCUAUUUUUUUUUGUUCUUUCACCGAUUACUCCGACACUCGUGGUCCGAUUUGAGUAAUUCUUUUUGUGUUUGAAAGGAGUUAUCUCCAAGUUGGUCCCAUUUUAAUUUGGUUCUGAUCUGAUGAUGGGAUCCAUGAGGAAUUGAGGGAACUCCUCAUUAUUUAAAGGCACUUGUAUGGUGAUUUGGGUGU